GCCGCUCGCUGACUGGGAUCCGAGAGCGGAUGAUGCUGGGCUGACCCAGCAGGCGGGCUGUUUUGUGAUUGAUGGAGACUGUGAUAAAGACCGCGAGAUUCAGCGCGCAAGAGUUAAACCGAGCAAGCUUCGCCCGUUCGCUCAGACCAAGAGCCGGACUGAGACAGAAAAAGUACUCAAAACAUAGUGUGCGACAUCCGAUCACCAAUCUACUGCAAGCAUUGACACAGGGACACACACAUAAACCAGGCAACUUUAUUGGGGAGAUCUAUCUCCUCCUCUCCGUUAUAAUUUCUCAGCGAGAACCUCUCCGCGUCCCCAGUUAUUGGGACUGGUCGUCAGAGUGAGGAUGGUCCAUUGUGCAGCUCUCGUCGGACUGUUGGUCCUGACCCUCGGGGAGACCUCCAUCCGCGCCGUUCGGGGCCAAGAAGUCCAGACCGUGCCUCAACAUGGGACAAAGGUGGGAGCCACAGAUGGAGACGCGAUCUCACCCACUCCACUGUGGGGAGCCGUAAACUUCAACCAGGACACCCUCAACGCAAGCAUCCAGAAUGUGAACGGGACCCGGGGCAGGCUGCGUCCGAUGUGCAAGCGGCCACCAGAGAUCAAGGACACCUUCAAGUACAUCAACACCAUCGUCUCCUGUAUGGUCUUCGUGGUCGGGAUCAUCGGCAACUCCACGCUGCUGAGAAUCAUUUACAAAAACAAGUACAUGAGGAACGGACCUAACAUCCUGAUAGCCAGCCUGGCUCUGGGGGACUUGCUCCACAUUGUCAUCGAUAUCCCCAUCACGGUGUACAAGCUCCACGCUGAAGAUUGGCCUUUUGGGGUGGAAAUAUGUAAACUGCUGCCUUUUAUGCAGAAAGCAUCAGUUGGCAUCACUGUUCUCAGUCUCUGUGCACUCAGCAUAGACAGGUAUCGAGCGGUGGCGUCUUGGAGUCGUAUUCAAGGGAUCAGAGUUCCCAUGUGGACUGUUAUUGAAAUUAUACUCAUCUGGGUAGUGUCGAUAAUUUUGGCAGUUCCUGAAUCCAUAGCCUUUGAUCUGGUAAACAUGAAUUAUCGAGGAGAAGCGUACAGUGUCUGCAUGCUUCAUCCCACACAGAAAAAUAAGUUUAUGCAGUUCUACAAGGUAGCAAAAGACUGGUGGCUGUUUGCCUUUUAUUUCUGCAUGCCUCUAGCAUGCACAGCAUUGUUUUACUCUUUAAUGACUUGCGAGAUGUUACGGAAGAAAAGUGGGAUGCAGAUUGCUCUGAAUGAUCACCUGAAACAGAGACGGGAGGUGGCAAAGACAGUGUUCUGCCUAGUGCUUCUUUUUGCCCUCUGUUGGCUUCCACUACAUCUUAGCAGGAUUUUAAUGAAGAUUUUAUACAAUGAAAAUGAUCCCAACAGAUGUGAACUAUUAAGUUUCCUCCUGGUGAUGAACUACAUUGGCAUCAAUAUGGCUUCCCUCAAUUCCUGCAUCAAUCCUAUUGCACUCUACUUUGUCAGCAAGAGAUUCAAGAACUGCUUUCAGUCCUGCCUCUGCUGCUGGUUCCAGAGGAAGACAAUGAUGCACGUGUUGCCCUUGGAUGAGAAGCAAUCCUGCAUCAAAUGGAAGCCAAAUGGCAUCGAUCACGGACUGGACCACAGCAAUUCACGUUCCAGUAAUAAAUAUAGUUCAUCAUAAUUCACAUUCCAUGCAACCAUCUCAAGGAAGAAUGCUGAUUCUUCCUGAUACUGUGCAGAAAAGUGUUAUCAAGGAAAGAAAAACAUCCACAUUGCAAAUUGUAUUCCCUCUCCAACAAUAUGGCUGAUAUGGAUAUGCAUUCCAAAUACAUGUUUUGUUUAAGGAACUGCCAUCUGGAAUAUCACUCAUGAUUAUUAAGCAUUCGCUGCAACUUGAGAAGCAUCCAAAUUAGGAAUAACGUUUGAACAGACCCAUUGACUGGGGAAACCAUUGUUGGGGCACUUGAAGGGUCUGACUCUGCACUUUCAAGUCACCAAAAUACACUUGGUUCUUAAUUGAAUCCACUUCAAAACAUAUUACUGAUCAAUGAGCCUGAGAUGACAAGCUUUCAAUUAAUAAAUGUUACAUGUGCGGAAAUGGCUUGCAGUGUAUGGCUUGCAACUCAUAGGUUAUACCAGAUAGAAAAGAGAUUCUCAAAUUUUCAAAUAUAAUGCUUUAAAGUGGACCUUGGGCCAGACCCAUGCCCUUUGCACUUUAUCUGCAUCUUAGUCAUAUAACUGGUGUAGGUGAUAAAGAAAUGCUGUUACACCUCCACUGGUGUACAUCAUUCUUAAAGAGGCAUAUGAUCUUAUUAAUUUGAAUAGCAAACAUUUUAACUCACAUUCUCAACCAAUAAAAUAUUCACAAUUGUUCAACACCUGUAAUGUGUGUAUUUUAUUCCAUGGUAAGAUUCUGUAAUGAUGAUAUUAAUGCAAUGUCCUGCUUGAGCAGAUAUAGAUUGAGUUGUUUUCUUGGAUGAGUAAGCUAUUGUUUGCCCAUCCUUAUUUAGUGAUAAACUAUUUGGUAGUAGGAUGGAAAUUCACCAUUUAUAGAGAAAUUGUAAAUGAGAAUAUAACAGUGUUUUAGAUUUCACAAUGAAUAGCAAAGGAAAAUUGCCACUGAGUUGCCUUUCAAUAUUUCCACUUAACUUUAUCUCCUUAUAACGCCACGUUAUUUUUGUAUUUACAAUUAUUGUGACCAUUUCAUCACAAACAAGCUUGAAACUAGAACUUCAUAAAGCUUCAUUUACAUUCACAAUGUUUAAGAAGGAACUGCAGAUUCUGGAAAAUCGAAGGUAGACAAAAAUGCUGGAGAAACCCAGCGGGUGAGGCAGCAUCUAUGGAGCGAAGGAAAUAAUUUUAUAUAUAUUUUUACGUUCGGGGGGGAGAGGUUAGAGUGAGAAAGGGGGGUGGAGACGUUGUGGCGGUUGAUGUCAUUCACAAUGUCAUAUUGUCAGCAAAUUGGAACACAACUUAUUGUAUCUGUUGAAAGGAACUGCAAGAUACUGGUUCACACCAAAGAUAGACACAAAAUGCUGGAGUAACUCAGUGGGACAAAUUGCUGGAGUAACUCAGCGGGAGUUCUGUAACCUUUUGGCUAGAAGGUCCAGAGAUGCUGCCUGUCUCGCUGUUACUCCAGCAUUUUGUGUCGAUCUUAUUGUAUUGUAUGUGUUUUUAGAAUGUGCAUUUAAUUCAUAAGUUUUGCAGUAUUGUUUUGUUAAAAUAUCAAAUGUAUAUUUUUUACAAAAAGUCAUUUCAAAAUACAAAAUGAUUAAACAUUGGCACCAGUGUUAUGAUGAAAACCUAGGUACCUUCCAUAUUUCUUGUACAUAUAGUUUAUAUGGCACUCCAUGUUUUCCUUGAUUAAUUUGGCUACAGUGCAGUUCUGAACAUAAAUUGCCUUGGCCACGGUUUGUGAGUUCUGGCAACUAUUUCUGUUUUAUAUAUAUAAAUAUAUAUAAAUGUUAAAAUCAGAUAUGUAAUAAAACAAAUGAAUGCUCCAGAUUCAAAUGUUACAGUGUUUUAAUUCUAUCCUGUAUACGUCUUAUAAUCAAUUCCUGUUUAUUGCACAGUUGCAUUUUCUUUCUUAUGCAUUUAAUGCAAUUUAAAUGUGAAUGUUAUUACAAAAUAUUACAAAAUAAAUUACAAUUGAUCCGUUAA